AUGUCAGCCCACGGCCUAUCCCAACCGGCUCCUUUCGAUGCUAGCUCUGCCAGAGCCUCAAACGCUUGGCAGGCAUGGAAAACAGCAUUCGAGUAUUAUCUCCUGGCUUCACAAAUCACGGACGAUAGUGUAAAAAGGGCUUUGCUUCUUCACUGUGCUGGCCCUAAUGUACAACAAUUGUUUGCAACUCUAGAUGGGACUGGAACUACGUAUGCUUCCGCACUGAAGGCCCUGACUGACCACUUUGAACCUCAGAGAAAUGUCGCAUAUGAAAGACAUUUAUUUCGACAAUGCUCUCAGAAUAGCGGAGAGUCAACAGAUGACUAUUGUCUACGUCUUAGAACUUUGUCAGCUUCAUGUGACUUUGGUGAUCAGAGAGAUGACAACAUUCGUGAUCAGUUUAUCGAUCAGUGCUCUUCCAAAUCACUCCGACGUCGUCUGCUGCGAGAACAGAACCUUAAACUUUCAGAUCUACUCUUAAUUGCCCGAGCAACAGAGGUAGCAGACAAACAAGCUUCUUCUAUAGAGAUGUCUAAUUCGACCUCCCUCCCAGUAAAUGAUAUUCGGGCACAGCAGAGUCAACUGACGGCUGGGGAAACUCAGCGUUCCUCUUCUCAACGCAGUUUCCAGCCUCCGCAGAGGGAUAUUCCAAGAGGAAGGAGGGAUAACUAUGGCACCAGUCGACGCCCUUCACAGCAUGCUACAAGUACAAUUUGCUCGAAUUGCGGGCUUGACGGACAUUAUGCCUCUGAUACAGUAUGCCGUGCCAGAGGACAGAAAUGUAGGCGAUGUCAGAAAACAGGACAUUUUUCUCGAAUGUGCCGGAGUUCUGCUCCACGCAACAUUGCCAACAAUCAAUCGUCACAUGCAAUCCACAUUUCCAGUGACAGCGCAUUGAAUGUUUCAGACAACAUGUGUGACGAAACCUUGUUUACAGUUGGUAAUUCUAACACCUCUACGCGGGUCGACAUUGCUGGAAUCAGCAUCGAUAUGCUGAUCGACACUGGGGCGUCGGUAAAUAUCAUUGAUUCCUCAACGUAUGACUGGAUGAGAGGCCAAACAACCUCUAAUGGCAUCCGAUUGGCGCCCAAUCAUAUCAGACUUUUUGCAUAUGGUUCUAACACUCCUUUGCCUGUGAGGGGAGAAUUUCAUGCGACAAUUUCCUGCUCGAGGGGGACCUCAGCUAUGGCUACAUUUUUUGUGGUUGAAGGAGGUACUGGAUGUCUUCUUGGAAAAAGGACAGCAAUCCAACUCCAGUUAGUAAAAUUGGAGGAUGCUAACGCCGUUCACAUGGAUACUCAGCCUGCUGCUGGUGAUAUAAAAUCUGCCUAUCCCGAGGUGUUCACUGGCUUUGGUAAGCUGGAAGGAUAUAAAGCUCAUGUCCAUGUAAACCCUGAUGUCAAACCUGUAGCACAGCCACCGCGCCGAAUACCAUUCCACCUGAGAAGUAAAGUGGAGGAGAAACUACAGGAACUAUUGGAAAAGGAUAUAAUUGAGCCAGUAACAGGCCCAACAUCAUGGGCUAGUCCACUAGUAGUUGUGCCAAAACCGAAUGGUGAAGUAAGAGUGUGUGUCGACAUGAGGAGAGCAAAUCAGGCAGUCAUAAGGGAGAGACACCCGAUUCCAACUCUGGAUGAGACUUUAGAAUCGCUGAACGGUGCUGCCAUCUUUUCUAAACUAGAUCUUAAAUGGGGCUACCACCAGGUGGAGCUUGACGAAGAGUCCCGAGACAUCACCACGUUUGUUACUCAUAAAGGUGUAAUGAGGUACAAGAGGUUGAUAUUUGGUUUAUCUUCAGCCAGUGAGAUAUACCAGUACGCCAUACAGACAGCACUACAAGGACUAGAAGGAGUCAGAAAUAUCUCAGACGAUAUUGUUGUGUUUGGGAAGGAUGUCGAAGAACAUGACAUCCGUCUCAAUGCAGUUCUUCAGCGCCUCCGUGAUCGUCAUCUCACAGUGAAUGCAGACAAGUGCAUCUUUCGUGCUCCUAGAAUCAUGUUCUUUGGAUUUGUAAUUUCCAAAGAUGGAAUUUCAGCUAAUGAGGCACGAGUAGCCGCCAUCAAAGAAGCAAGGAUGCCUACAAAUCAGUCAGAAGUUCGCUCAUUCCUCGGUCUGGUGAACUAUUGUGCUCGUCUUAUCCCUAACUUGGCAACGAUCGCAGAGCCUCUCCGUAAGCUUACACGUGGAGAUCAACCUUGGACCUGGGGACCUGAGCAGAGACAAUCAUUUGAACGACUAAGGAAUGCAUUAACGAGUGAUGACGUGAUGGCACACUUCAUUACCGGAGCACCGACUGAGCUACGAGUCGAUGCUAGCCCAUUCGGACUAGGCGCAGUCCUCACGCAAACCAUUGACGGCAUCACUCGCCCAGUCGCUUACGCCAGCCGCACACUGAGCGACGUCGAACGACGCUACUCGCAAACAGAGCGUGAAGCGUUAGCAGUAGUGUGGGGAUGUGAACGUUUUCAUUUGUUCUUGAGUGGAGCGGAAUUCACAUUGUUAACAGAUCACAAGCCACUCGAAGUGAUCUAUGGCCCUCAUGGCAAACCACAUGCACGCAUUGAGAGAUGGGUAUUACGCCUACAGCAGUAUAAAUUCAAAGUUCGUCACAUGCCAGGCAAGACAAAUCCAGCCGACGUGUUAUCGCGACUUCCAAUUCCCAAUCAACCACCCCGUGAUCGCAAUAUCGCAGAGGAAUACAUAGAUGCCAUUAUCGCGUAUGCUGUACCCCGCGCACUGACACGUGAGCAGAUAACCACAGCAUCGCAAGCCGAUCAGGAGAUCCAAACGGUGAUUGAAUCGCUAAAAUCAGGCAAAUGGCAUGAAAAUCCAAAAUUGAGCCCCUAUCGGAGGAUUGCCAAUGAGCUAUCGGCAAAGAAUGGUCUUCUUCUUCGCGGUAAUCGUAUUGUUAUACCGUCUGUUUUGCGCGAGCAAACCCUUGAUCUUGCACAUGAAUCACAUCCAGGAAUAGUGAGAAUGAAACAGAUGUUGCGUACAAAAGUAUGGUGGCCACAAAUUGAUGCAGAAGCAGAGUCAAAAGUAAAAAUGUGUCAUGUUUGCCAGGUGGAGAUGCCUUCUCCUCCUUCUGAGCCUCUUCAACCUUCCCAGAUGCCACGAUCUCCAUGGAAUAAGCUGCAUAUUGAUCUAUGUGGUCCACUUCCAACAGGAGAGUCACUUCUUGUUGUGAUCGACGCUGCAACACGUUGGCCAGAAGUUGAAAUAAUUAGGUCCACUACAACCAAAGUGAUCAUUUCUAGAUUAGAUCGCAUAUUUGCACAGCAUGGUUAUCCAGAGGAAAUCGUCUCAGAUAAUGGUCCUCAAUUUAUAUCCCAGGAAUUCGCUAGCUAUCUGAGAUCAAUUGGAGUCAAUCACCGCCGUAUUACUCCAUAUCACCCACAAGCGAACGCAGAGGUCGAGCGAUUUAAUGCAACGAUCAUGAAGGCGAUUAGGACGGCGAGGCACAGUGGUCGCGAUUGGCACCAGGCCGUCAACACUUUUCUUCUUGCAUAUCGUUCGACUCCGCACCCUGCUACAAAGUCGUCACCAGCGAAGCUCCUUUAUAAUAGGGAAUUACGCACAAAGUUGCCUUUCAAUACAUCAACGCCAAAGAAAGCAUUCAAAGAAGCGAGUCGCAACGACAAAGUGUACAAAGAGAAAAUGAAAAAAUACCAUGAUGGAAAAACACGAAACCGACGUCGUGACAACGUCAAGUGUGGGGAUCAUGUCAUUACUAAGCAAAGAAAGUGUGAUAAGUUUUCCUCCCGAUUUGACCCAAACCCAUGGGUUGUAGUUGAAAAAAAAGGGGGAAGUGUAAAAAUACGAAGGGGAAAUGAAAUAACAAUGCGCUACAUGUCCCAAGUGAGGAAAAUUCCAAAUCGUGUGAAUGUAAACAAUGAAGUCGAGGGCGAUCUCGAAGAUGACCGCAUUAUCCAUACAGAGGAAGCUCCAUGCCCUCUUCGCAGAUCUAACAGACAAACAAGACCACCAGAUAGGCUAACAUAUUACCAAUCUGGAAUCAUAAUGUAA